AGUAUGCGGCGUGGGCGUUGGCGUUUGCAUUCGCCGUAGCUGCACCUGCGCGGUACUCGCGCCUCAGUAGUGCCACUCUCGCGCUGCUAUCGCAGGAUUUCGUGUAGUGCUAACGCAGUAGAGCUAAUCGUCCUACAAUCACCAUGGCCGACGACAACACAAUCAUCGAAGGCACUGUUAAAUUCCGAGAUGGAAAGAAGUGGAAGUCACGCUGGUGCGUCAUGCGGAAGCUGUCACCUGUCGCGGAUUGCGUACACCUACAAGUGUACCGCGACUCGAAGGCGCGCUGGGGCGGCGCUGCGAGCAAGGCUUCGCUAUCUCUGCAGCAAUACCUGGGUUGCGAGGCUGGCUUUACGCUUGAUAAGCAUUCGCAUACACUUGCACUACUUUGUCGUGACUUCACGGCAGUGCUAGCUUUUGAAACACGCGAGAGACUUAUACAAUGGCAGGUAAAAGUUGGAGCUCAGCUCGGAGAGGCAAGGCAAUAUCUCGUGCUGAUAGGAUCAGCAGGGGCAGCCACAGGAUGUAAGAGACUAGCGGCAGGCCCUGCUCGACUGCAUCUCCAUCACCGCCGCUUUGCAUUGACUUCAGGCGUACCACCACGCCUGUUAGGCGUUUGGGAAAUAGCACACUUGAGACGGUACGGCGUCGUCGAUGGACGUUUCUGUUUCGAGGGUGGGUCACACUGUGGAAAGGGUGAAGGAUUACAUGUACUGGUGACUGAUCAGGCUACUGAAAUUGCACGUGACUUUGAUUUGGCAUCAAGAGGGCAGCUGUCACCUAGAAGAAGACCCUUAGGAACAAGAAAAGAUGGUUUGCAGAGUCCUCGUUCCAACAAAUCAUUUAAAGCAGAUAUACGGAGAUUAGAGUUGAAUACAAUAGACCGAUCACUACCUCCUACAGAUUUGCGUCUGUAUGAAGAUCCUUGUAUUGGAGAAGAUAUAGGUGCAAUUUCGCCUUAUUGGCCUUCAGCAGAACGAACUCAAUAUCCUGAUAUGGGGUUAGGUGAUACGGCAUCCGUUAAUGAAACAAUUGAUGGUACAGAUAUGACACCUUGGAACGGUAAUGGAAAUGUUAUGUUAGAAAGGUGUAUGAGUUGUAUAUCGAAAUUAGGUGCAUUAUCACGAUCGUCUACAGCUGCUUUAACACCAGGAGCAAAACAUUUUAGUCCAGCGUGGACAAUGGAAGCUGUAAAUGAAUCUCAUAAUGAGGUUACCAUAACUGAUACUACCUUAAGUAGUGAUGCAUCAACAAGUGGGGUCAACAAGGAAGAUGUCUGUCGAUGCUCUGUAGAUAAGGCACCUGAUCGACCUCCGAAGCCCUCAAGACUAGAAUUAAAAUUAACAAAAAAACCUGCUAUGCCUUUACCAGUAAGGUCGUUUACUCAUACUCAUCUAUCAUCUAUUGGUGAAAAUAACGCUACAAACAUUGGCCCGUAUGAAAAUUACGAUGUUCCAAAAAUACCAUCCGCAGAGGUAGAAGGAGAGUAUUACGAUACUCCGAAAAGACUUAAAGAAUGUCUUAAUAAUGAAUUAUUUCAAAUAACCAAAAGCUCGAAUUCAAACACGCUUAUAUUAAAAAAACCUUGUGGUUGUUUGCUUAAAUUAGGUAAAAAGUUGAAACAGCCAACCGUAAUAGAAACAGAUGAAAACUUUCAACCAUCCAACUGUCCAUGCCAAAGAGUAACAGAUUGGGCAAACAACUGGAUUAAGCUACCAUACUGUAACAGAAAUAUGGACGAAAAGGAAACAACAGUCAAAAACAAAGAAAAUGUCAUACCAAGUACCAGUGAUCGAAGUGCACUUUACGCAACAGUGGAUUUGUCAAGAAAAACUAAAAGAAAAACACAAAAUGAGGUUUGUUUAACAUCGAGCGAUUCAAUGACUCGCAGUCUUGAUUCAAGAGUAAUUCAGAUUGAUGAGGGUCCUCAAGCAAAUUAUGAGAACCUAAAUUUUGCUCUAUCUUUAGAACAUUACGAAAAUGCAAAAGAUUUAUUGAGAAGAGCAGGAGUUACACAGACAGAACUUGAUGCUCUUAGUACUAACUUAAAACCAAUGGUGGGUUUUACUACGAUAAGUGGAAAAACUAUGUGUAAUAAAUGCGGUCAUCUCAAAGAACAUAAAGAUGGAAAUAUUAAUCGAAAAAAUACUAAUGAUGAAUACUUAAUGAUGGAACCAAAUUCAAUAGAAAACAAUAAAUUCGAUCAGGACAAAUUAUUACCAUCUGGAUACACUCCAAUGUCUCCGAUCGGUAGUUUUGGUUUCCACACUUUGAAAUAUCCAGCAAAAAAUCCUAUAAGCAGAUUGCUUGAUGAAAAAUCUGCGAGUAACCCUACAUUAUUUGGUCCUGAAGAAACUCGGCCGAAUGCACCAUCUUCUGGAGAACAUAUAGAGUUGCGAGCAGUACGAGAUCGAGCAGAGUUUCGAAAAAGGUCAAGUUCGGCCGAUUCUUCAAGAUUUCUCGACGACGUUAAAGAAUUUGACGGUAGCGUUGGAAGCAGAGGCUCAGCUUCUUCCAUUGAAACUUUACGAGAUUUGGGUGUACGUGAAUCGAACACACCUUGUGACUGUGUUACAAGUAAGCACUCGGAUGCCGAUAGUUCUGAAGCCUCUAAAGUAAAAGGCAUAACGGUCACAGCUGGUGGGAACAGGGACUCAUCGAGUUCAAAUGAUUCAGGUGUAUCUAGUUGGUCUCUACGCGGUGAAGCAGCACCCAAUGCUGCAGAUUUUGAACUUCCAGCAACGACUGCGGCAACACGGCGAAGAUACCGUACCGCUCGACGCACAACAGAUUCUCCACGUGGUACACCUCCUCGACGAUCUCGUUCUUCUGGAGGUACUAGAAACUCACCUCCCGCGACGCAUAAAUGUUGCUCAGCUGAAGCAGAAGUACCUGUCCUCAUUGUUAAGCCACUUAGAGGUGUCAUGGAUACGCAUAGCACGUCCAGCGGUACCUCCGAUAUGUCGGACUACAUCGAAACACUUUCCAUUUGUUCUUCACAUUCCUCAUCAGAUACUCCUAUUACUAUGCGAGUUGUGCGACAAACAACGAGCACUCUUCGACCGCGUUCUGGAAAAGAAUACCAGCCGCUAGCACCACGCCUCGCCGCCGGCUUGAGAUCGACCCAGCCGCAUUUAUAUUCAAACCUCCCGUAAUCAUCACCCAUUUACCCGUAAUGCUUUGGUUAUUAAAAUCACUCACAUAGUUAUUUAAUG